UUUAUAUCUUUUUCACUUAUUGGCCAUGAAAUAUUUAAGGUAUUUCGCUGAUUAUCCUUCCAAUGGUCCUGCCAAAUUCUUAGUUCGAGUGUAUGUACUAAAGAUUUUAGAUGUCGCAUCUAAAGAUAACUCGGAAGAUCAAGAUCCGUCAAUUGUAAUAUCUUUAGGAAAAAAGCGAUAUAAGGAUCACCAACGGAACUCACAAUCUUCGGAUAAGUCCAUGUUUGGAGAAAUGUAUGAAUUGCGUUGUACAAUACCAGAAGAAUAUCUGCUGUCUUUAUCCUUAUAUGAUUCUGAAGGUGGCUCAUCUGAGGAAUUGAUUGGCCAAACAAGUAUUGAUUUGGAAGACCGCAUUUAUACUAAACACAAUGCCUGUGUUGGAUUAUCCCGAAAAUAUGAUUUGAUUGGUCCUGCAAAAUGGCGCGACCGUCGGAAACCAUCGGCUAUUCUUGAAGAAAUAUGUUGCUUGAAUCACCUUCCGCCACCGUCAUAUCCAGAUGUAGCUACAGUUGUCGUUAAUGGCGUAGAAUACAGGAAUCAUAAUAACACAAAUUCGGAAGAUAGCAUAUGGUCGUUGGAUAAAAAAGAAAAUAUUUGCUUGAGCAUAUUACAUCAGUGGCAUACUCUUCCAUUGUGUGGCUAUCACUUGGUUCCAGAACAUGUUGAAACUCGCACUUUGUAUCGUCCUGAUAAACCAGGAUUAAGCCAAGGUAAACUAUUGAUGUGGAUCGACAUAUUUCCAUUGAAUUCCAAAGGCAUUCCGCCACCCGUCGAUAUAACACCUCCCAAAGUUGAAGAAUACGAACUUAGAAUAGUUCUUUGGGAUCUAUACGGCUUAAAUAUAAGAAAUUUAAUGACGAAGAAGAGUGUAGAUGUUUUUAUAAGAGGGUUCAUAGGUUGUAGUGAUCAAGCUCAAACCACCGACGUAUGUUACGGAAUAACAGAUAAAGCGAGUUUCAAUUGGCGAAUGAUAUUUCACAUUUGCUACCAACAUUCCGAAAGCAUGUUAAUAGUAAAAAACAGAGGACCUUUUACUGAGUAUGAGGAAAAGAUACCGCCUAAUUUUGUUCUUCAAAUAAUUGAUAACACUUCAGAACAGAUUAUAGCAUCGUUAACACUUAGUUUAACAGAUUUUCCACGCGGCGUGAAGCUUCCACAAAAUUGUUCUUUGAAUUUUGAUGAACAUCGAAAAAUUAAUUUAUUUUUAACGAGAUCUGUAAGGGCUUGGUGGCCUUUAGAGGGCGCAGACAAUUGCGGGAAAGACGUAUUGAUGGGUGCGAUAGAUUUGGAAAUGACGUUGCUACCCAAAGAGCAAGCUGAUCUGGUGCCUGUGGGCUUAGGACGUGGUCCUCCUUCGCCGCUGCCUGAUCCACACGAAUCCAGUGCUACUUGUUUUCUCUGCUAUUAUUUCAGCGGAAGAGAAGCAAAUAAUGAAGACCAUUUGUGUGGCAAAAGUUCUUUCAUUCGACGUCACAGUUUUAUGAUUUCUCUAACCGUUUUCGCAAUAAUCGUGGCUAUCUACUUCAUUUUGUGCGUUGACACUUCCAUAGUACAAGAAUAUUUACAAAACAUCGGAAUUCUCGGUGGUGAUAUUUCUGAAGAGCCAAUGCAGGAGGCAAAUCAGUUGGCUAAUAGUUGA